AUUGCAUGACGAGGAGUAAUUGGCAAAAAACGUAGAUAAACUACGAGAACUGCAAAUAUGGUUGGCUCAACAUGUAGGAGUAAGCCUCAUCAGGCGAACUGAUUGUGAGCGGAUUCGAAGGGACGGUACCGAUGUCAAGGGCAACCGGAACGAAAACGAAGAUCGCAGCGUAGGAGACUUCCUGUUAAAGCAUGGAGGUAUUUUUGGCUUUUUAAAAACCCCAGUCUACAAGAUAUCUCCAGCAGUGGCGGUCGCAUCAUUCAUUAUCUACCUUGCUACGCAUACUGAGUGGAAAUGCUCCUCUAUGAGAAACCUCUCUGAGCCGCAGUCGAGACAUAUAGUGAAGAAAAUAAUUAUCAAACGGAUACUCAAACCUGGAUUAAGAAUGAUAGGAGAGGAAGUCCGUCGCUCUUAUCGCAAAAACCCAAAACUCCACGAAGCAGUAAUGGAGAUGAUUCCACAGAACUUGAAAGCAGAUGUCAUCGAGACAAUUAAAGUGUUGCUCAGAAAUCACCUUGGAGUUUCUGUAUUAUUGUGGGAUUUCAAAAGAUUUCAAAACGCUGGACAAGUUGUGAGAAAGAAGAAGCUUUCGCUGGCUCGAAUCGGUCUUAGGCAAAGUUAAAACGUAAUUUAAUUUCUCGUUAAUUUGGGCGUAGAAAGCCAAUAUGUUCAAAAAAGAGGUGGUGCUCGA